CAAAGGGAAUUCAGAAACAAGAAAAGGGAUGUCUUCGAAGAUAUACUUGAAGAGCGGCGCCAGUCGAGUGACCUGAGAUACGCCAUGAAAUGUUUUUCCCCUGUGAUCUACAGAAGUCUUGUACCAUGCAAGGCAAGUGCCCUGAAAACCAUGGUGUUGCACUCCGAGCAGCUGCAAUAUGUUAUCAAACAGAUCAGUUUGGAAUCUGAAGAAUCAUGUGAUGUUAUUCAGGAUCAGGCAGCUGAGAUCCUUGAUGAAAUGGGUCAAAAUUUAAAUCUUGCAGCUAUUCGAAUGUUUGCUCUCAGCUUGAGCAAGAUCUUCAAAGCACUAUUCCAAAAAGUUUGUGUCAACGAGGAGGGCAUACAAGGGUUGGCUCAAGCUAUUCAUGAGCAUCCGGUUGUACUUCUACCAAGUCAUCGGAGCUACAUUGAUUUUUUGAUGAUGUCCUACGUAUUGUACACUUAUGACCUUGCACUUCCUGUCAUUGCAGCUGGGAUGGACUUCAUGAGCAUGAAAAUUGUUGGUGAGCUGCUUCGUAUGUCUGGUGCCUUUUUCAUGCGACGUACAUUUCGAGGAAAUAAAUUGUACUGGGCAAUCUUUGCUGAAUAUGUGAAGACUAUGCUGCGGAAUGGAUAUGCUCCAGUGGAGUUCUUUGUUGAAGGUCAAAGAAGCAGAACCUGCAAGACCUUAAACCCAAAGUUUGGUCUUCUUAGUGUAAUCAUGGAGCCAUUUUUCAAAGGGGAAGUGUUCGAUACAUAUCUGGUACCAAUCAGCAUUAGCUAUGAGCGAAUACUAGAGGAGUCUCUUUAUGCUUAUGAGCUCCUUGGAGUACCCAAGCCCAAAGAAUCUACAUCAGGUUUGCUAAAGGCUAGGAAAAUUCUUAGUGACAACUUUGGAAGCAUUCAUGUGUUUUUUGGAAAACCAAUGUCUUUGAGGUCUCUGGCCUCUGGAAGACUGAACAGAUCCCACUAUAAUCUCAUUCCCAGAUAUCUUUCUCAGAAACCUUCAGAAGAUAUUCAGAAGUUUAUUUCUGAUGUGGCCUAUAAAGUAGAGCUUCACCAAAUAGCCAACAUGGUACUCAGCCCUGGAGUCUUGAUAGCCGCCAUUUUGCUGCAGAAUUUUCCGUCACUCAGUUACAAUCUAUUAGUUGACAAGACUUUGUGGCUGAAGGAUUUAACGGAGGCCUUUGGGGGAUAUCUAGAGUGGCCUGACAACAUGUCUGCUAGUAAAGUGGUGCGGUCCAGUCUAGACCUUCACGCAAACAUUACAAAGCUUGUCGAUGGUGAGGUCUUCCUGUUUGACAACAACCCAAGUGGCGUACUCACGGAAGAGCUGGUGUUCAGCAGAGCAGUCGCUGUAAUCAUGUGCGCCUCCUACAGGAAUCAGAUGGUUAAUAUAUAUGCAAGACCUGCUCUGGUGGUCCUGGCAAUGAAAAUGGCACAAAGUUCCAGGAGUGAGGAUGUUUACAAAGUGUUUGACUUUCUACGAAACCUUUUUUCCAAAGAGUUCAUCUUCUUUCCUGGUUUUGAAAAGAAAGAUUUUGAAGAAGGCUGCUUUCUGCUAUCCAAAUGUGAUGUGGUUCAAGGCAGUCCACAUGAAAUGGUUAUGACGGAGAAAGGGAUCAAUACAGCUGCGUUUUUGUUGAGAAUGUUUCAGCCUUUUUUUGAUGGAUACCGGCUUGCCUUCAGGCACCUAUUAGAGGACAUGUCUAAGAAAUGGUCAGAACAGCAAUACGUAUCUACUGUGAGGAGUUUUGUAAUGCAGUGUAUCCUAGCUGGAACCACUACUUGUUAUGAAGCCUUAUCUUCUGAUAUGCAGAAGAACGCACUAGCAUCAUUUGUACAUCUGGGUCUUGUGAAAGUUGGUAAACUUGAAGGACAGUCCACUUUUACUGUGAAUGAGGCUGCAAUUGCAGAUUUUGCAGGAAAACUUGGAUUGCAGGUGCCAGUAGAAAAGCCACCAGUGGCACGACUUUAA